GCCGGGGGAACCCAAUGAGCUGUCUGCAGCAGUGCUGAAAGGACCAGCCAUUUUGCUUAUGAAAAACAAUGUGACAUAUUAUGCUGUGCUUUACGAAGGAAUAAACAAAAAAAAAAUCUCGUCAGAGCAAGCAAGGAACAGGCAUAUUAGUAAUUACUGUAGCUGAGUGUGCUCACAAGCUGCCAUUUUGACAGGCUGGUGACUGCUGUUCCUGCUAGCUGAUCAGAGAAGAUGGAAUGCACAGUGAUAAUGCCGCAUAUCUGCUGUCAGGCAGUGGAGUAGGGUUUUGUCUUGUAAAGGCAAGGUUUUUCUGCAAUGUUAUCUCAACAGCUCACUAGAUACUCAGAGUGAAGCUGGUGAUCCAGGAGAAGGGUGGUGCCCCUUUCUUUUGCUGUUCUUGUGCACUGCUGGCCCUGGUAAACAGGCACUACUGAAGAAGCAGGUGUGCAGUUCAGCUGGGCUGUGUACUGCAGGCUGGGCAAAAGCCCCCUCAGCUUUAUGUGCUUCUUAUUAACAGACUGGCUUAGGAGCUUCUGCCUCUGGACUUUUCCACAAAAGGAAGCUGCUGUGCAUCUCGGCUUGUGUAAAAGACUCUUGUAUGUGAGUUAAACUUAUUAGGAGAGAAACCUUCAUAAAGGGCUAAAUAAACAAGAUCUGCAUAUACUGAAAGUUCUCACUUCCUCUGCGCUUGAGGCACAGCAAAACUUGUCUGUCUGGAGAGAACAUCUUACUGAAGAUGUUACUGAUCUUCAGGCGUAGAAUUUACAUCCCUGCAGACCAGUUUUAAGGAAAUCUGAAGACUUUUAUAGCAAAUCCUCCAGUGUCAAAAUGAAUACAGAUAGCGGUGGGUGUGCUCGCAAACGUGCUGCCAUGUCUGUCACAUUAACAGCUGUGAAGAGAGUUCAAAGUUCUCCAAACCUGUUGGCCUCAGGGUCUGAAUCUCAGUCUCCAGAUUCAGCUUGGAGAUCAUAUAAUGAUGGAAAUAGAGAGACACUGAAUGGAGACGCUAGCAGUUCAUCUCUUACCGCAAAAGGUUUUAGGAGUGUGCGUCCAUACCUACAGGAUAAAAAAUCACCAACUCAGGCACCUCUGCCACCCCCUAGAAAAGAAAGUUUUCAGAGAGUGGGAAUAACUAAUCACAAAAAGGACAGAAUUAAUCUCCAGGCAGUAACAACUGGGCCAACUAAACACCUUCCCACAGAUACUGCCUACUGUACUAACGACGAGUCUGUCCAGAAGACAAUGUCUUCUCAAAUAUCUAACACAAGUGUGUCCUAUGCACAAAAAAUCACUAAACCACUGGCCUCAAUCUCCAGCGUGGGCACGAGCACGGUAGCUGGCAUUAGUGCUACUCUCUGUCAAGGCCACAGACAACAGUCUCAAAAGCGUAGGAUAUCUACCUUGAAAUUAACCCGGACACAAGACCCAGCAAGUAGCGUUCAUUGUAAUACACAGCAACAGCUCAAGCCUGUUGAAGUGCCAGUAUUUCCACAAAGGCCUGUUUCACCUGCCUAUAACCCUGUGCCUGAGAUACACACAGCAUCUCUUUCCAUUCAGAUAGCUCCCAUCCCUGACAGUAAAGCAGAGCCUGAAAACCAAGAACAUCCACCUAGUAUUUCUCCAGACACUUCAAAGAUGCCUUCAAAGGAUUUGGGACAAAAGUCUGCAGUUCUUCCUUCUGCACAGGCUGCAGAAUGCCGUGUGCUUGGAAACCAGACAGUAACUGCCCCUGUGAUGGAGGUAAAUGCUUCACAGACACACAGACAAACAGCAGCAGAAGCUUCUCCACUGCCUCUUCCUCCUCCUGUGGUACCAGUUAACAGAGCCUCUUUCUCACCAGACAGUGGCACCCAUCUAGUACCAUAUUCUUUGCCAACGCUUGAUGAUUUUUUGCCUUCACGCUUUUAUAAAACCCCAUCCCUUUCACAUUUUUCAUAUAAAUGCCCAUUCCUAGCUUCUGAAAGUAUUAUCCACAGGAACGAAACAGCCUCUGUAAGCACAGACUCUGCCAUGAGCGAGUGCUCCUCCCGCACAGUGAGUGAGUCCUCCACAGCCAUUUUAGAUGAGCUACAGACUUGUAGCUAUGAUACUACUGACUGCUCUGAAACACCUUCCCCAACCUUGAGCCAGAUGUCUGCUGUGUCAGAUGGCACCACCUUAACCAACACUGCUGCCACUUCUCAUGCUCAGAUCACAGUGAAUGGGAACUCUGGCACUGCUGCCAGCCCAGUGAGUCAUUUUCAAAGGCCUUUUUCCCCUUCUUCAGCUUUCCCUCCACCAGCUUCUCUCAAUUCCAACAUUGUUAUCAUGCAGCAUGGCAGGAUGAUGGAGUCUACAGAGACGUACUCACAGCAUGUUCAGUCUGUUGGCAGCAGCAGCACCACCAGUACAAUACCCAUCUGUAGAUCCUCAGAGGAAGAGAAAAAAAUUACAGUCAUUAAAGCUCCACAUUAUGCAGGGAUUGGCCCAGUAGAUGAAUCUGGAAUCCCUACAGCAAUUAGAACGACAGUUGACAGGCCGAAGGAUUGGUAUAAGACAAUGUUCAAGCAAAUCCAUAUGGUUCAUAAGCCUGAUGACGACACAGACAUGUAUAAUACUGCCUAUGCAUACAAUACUGGUAGCUACAGUCCAUCCUUCUCUGCUCAGGCACACCCAGCUGCAAAGACUCAGACAUACAGACCAUUGUCUAAAAGUGCUUCUGACAGCAGCUCCGAUGCCUUUAAGGUUUCAUCCCCUUUACCACCUCCACAUGUGCCACCUCCAGUUCCACCACAUCGUCUGCGGGAAAGGUCUACACCAGAAAAAAAUGACUGGGAUCCCCCUGACAGAAAGGUAGACACCCGCAAAUUCCGUUCUGAACCAAGAAGUAUUUUUGAAUAUGAGCCGGGAAAGUCAUCAAUCCUUGAACAUGAAAGACCGACUUCCUUAUAUCAUCACUCUUCAACAGACAGAGGCCUGGACAGGCCCUCUAGUUCUGCAAGUACUGCGAGUGACUAUAGAAAAAGGAGGAAGUCAGAACCUGCUGUAAGUCAUCAGAGGGUGCACAGUGACCAGAACGCAAACAGGCCUAGCCUGGGCCGUACAGAUACGCAAGGCCCAUAUACCACCCUUAGAAAGCCUGUAACUAGUUCUUCUCCUUCUUCUCCAUCACGAGCAAAAGAUGGGGAUAUUAGCAAAGUAUAUCCAUCCCUUUUCAGUUAUUCAGUGCACAACCACAACACCUCAAAUGAAUUAGAUUGCUGUAGCACUUACAGACAGCACUUAGCUGUUCCAAGUGAUUCAAGAAGGGCAGUCAGCUACAAGAAUGGCUGGCAAAUGACUCGUCAAAAUGCAGAAGUCUGGAGCAGCACAGAAGAAACUGCUUCUCCCAAGAGAAAAUCUCGCAGCUGUGACGAUCUGUUAACAGAUGACCAUGAUAGCUUUCCUGAUGCACAGGCCAAGUCUGAAAGCAUGGGCUCUCUUUUAUGUGAGGAGGACUCCAAAGAUGUUUGCUCAAUGAACUGGGCCUCCCCGUAUGUUCCUGAGGGCCGUGGUAAUAGUAGGUCGAGAGUUCGUCACAGAUCUGCACAUGAUGCUCCAGGUUUCCUAAAAAUGUAUAAAAAAAUGCACCGCAUCAAUCGCAAGGACUUGAUGAAUUCUGAGGUGAUUUGUUCAGUGAAGUCCAGAAUAUUACAGUAUGAAAAAGAACAGCACAAAGGUAUUCUUCAAGGCUGGAGAGAGUCUUCUACUGAAGAGGUGCCUAGAGAUAUGGUGCCAACUAGGAUAUCUGAAUUUGAAAAAUUAAUUCAGAAGUCAAAAUCAAUGCCGAAUCUAGGUGAUGAAAUGUUGUCAGCUGUUACGCUGGAGCCUCCUAAAAAUGGCUUAUGUCCAAAACGGCGAUUUUCUAUAGAAUCCCUGCUGGAGGAAGAAAAUCAAGAUAGGCAUCCCUCUCAGGUACAACGGAACUGCAAGUCUAAAACUCUGGUGCCAAUUCAUAUUGAAGUGACCAGUGAUGAGCCACAGCGAUCGCAUAUGGAUUUUUCAGACAGUGAUCAAGAUGGAGUGGUUUCUGACCUCAGCGACUUUAUCCAGAUAGAGGGUUCAUCCUUUUGUAGUGAAAGUGACUUUGACCACUUCUCCUUCACCUCAUCUGAAAGCUUCUAUGGAUCGGGCCAUCACCACCACCACCACCACCACCACCACCGGCAUCUCAUUAGCUCCUGCAAAGGGCGAUGCCCGGCCUCCUACACCCGCUUCACCACCAUGCUGAAACAUGAAAGGGCUAAACAAGAAACCACUGAAGAUCCAAGGAGACAGGAAGCAGAAUCUGGCCUCUCUAAGAUAGCAUUCCUAGUCAGUCCAGUGCCUUUCCGGAGGAAAAAAAGUGCAGCUCCUAAAAAACAAACUGAAAAGACUAAAUGUAAGUCAUCUGUAUUUGAAGCACUAGAUUCUGCGCUUAAAGACAUCUGUGACCAAAUUAAAGCUGAAAAAAGAAGGGGAAGUUUGCCUGACAACAGUAUAUUACACAGACUUAUUACUGAGCUGCUUCCAGACAUUCCAGAAAGGAAUUCAUCUCUUACAGCUCUGAAAAAAAGCCCCAUGCACCAGCCUUUUCACCCUCUGCCUCAAGAUGGUGCUACUCAUUGCCCACUGUACCAGAACGAUUGUGGAAGAUUCCCUCUUAGUGCCUCUUUUCAAGACGUGGACGCAACUAACAACAACCACCAAGACAAUGAUAGUGCACUGUGUUUCCAAGUAGACCAGGAAUCUCCUGGAAGCUAUUCUUCUGCUUUCACUGAUGUGGGACGAUGUAUUCCAAGGGAGAGAAGAGGAACUACAGACAGAGAGAAACUGCCAGCUAGAGCUGUAUAUGACUUUAAAGCUCAGACUUCUAAAGAGCUGUCCUUUAAGAAAGGAGAUACUGUCUAUAUCCUCAGGAAAAUUGAUCAAAACUGGUAUGAGGGUGAGCACCAUGGAAGAGUUGGAAUAUUCCCAAUUUCCUAUGUUGAGAAACUUUCUCCCCCAGAAAAAGCACAACCUGCCAGGCCACCUCCCCCUGCACAGAUUGGAGAGAUUGGAGAAGCUGUUGCCAAAUACAAUUUUAGUGCAGACACGAACGUGGAGUUAUCACUCAGAAAGGGAGACAGAGUAAUUCUUCUUAAGCGAGUCGAUCAAAACUGGUAUGAAGGUAGAAUACCAGGAACCAACAGACAAGGCAUCUUCCCUGUGUCCUAUGUAGAAGUCAUCAAAAAGAAUGCAUCAAAAAGCACUGAUGACUACCCUGAUCCUCCAGUACCCCAAAGCUAUUCUAGUGAUAGAAUACACCAUUUAAGUUCAACUAAGGCUGAUUUAAAGAGAGAGAUAUUUGUUAUGGGUAAACCUCCUCGUAGUCCUGUGAUGACUAAGAGAUCCCGCAGCUCACCUGUCAGAGGUCACAGCUAUUCACACAGGCCACAGCGCCCUGUGUUUGCUCAUGAAAACAUACACACUGGGGGGGAACCGUUUCAGGCUCUAUAUAACUAUACUCCUAGGAAUGAAGAUGAAUUGGAGCUCAGAGAGGGAGAUGUCAUUGAUGUGAUGGAAAAAUGUGAUGAUGGAUGGUUUGUGGGAACCUCAAGAAGAACCAAAUUCUUUGGUACUUUCCCUGGAAACUAUGUCAAGAGGCUGUGAAUUUUUUUUCCUACUUAUUUAUGCUGCAUCUCUGCAACACAUCUGCAUAAAGCUGCUAGAAAACAUGCUACACAGGCCUUGUGUUUUCUUGCUUGCAGUCUCGAAUAGAGGCCAUCUAGUUCAUCCUCAUCCCAUCCCAUCGCCAAACCAGCAGUAUUACAGCAACGACUACAGUGUGAAUAGCUAAACUUCUCUGAAACAAGAGGAAUCAUUUCAACAUUUAAGUACUCCCCGUUUUAAACAUUUUUUCCAUAUGAGACACAAGAAUAGGAAAAGCCUGAUGACAGGUACACAGGUGACUUGACAUGGGGGUUGAGGUUCCUGUUUUGGGCAUUAGUGGUACUAUCAGGAAGUGCUAUGGAGAGAAAUAAAAUAAAAAAAUAAAAAAAAAAAAUUUCAACAUGCACGCAUUACAGAGGGGAAGUUGCUGUUUACUACUUUAAAAAAAAAAAAAGUUGUUUGAGUUUUCAAGUUCUUUUUAGCUUGGCAGCAUAUGUUGCUUUCACUUUGCUGUAUCACAGGUUUGCCUAUUGUACUGGUUUACAAUGUAUGAAAAAUUCUAAUACAGAUUUUUUGCCUGCACUUGUAUGUUGUUACAUAUGCACUGUAAUUGUAAAAUCUGGAGCAAGCAUAGUGAAUAAACAGGGGAACUUAGAAGUGUUCUGAACAGGUGCAGUGGUACUGGCUAAACCAUUUUCCUUUUUUCCCCCAAAAAGCUAUCAUGUUUUUUGUUAAAAGGUAAGAAAGUGCAAGAGGCAUGAAACUUUGGUAAGCAGGAUUUAAUGAAAAUACAAUGAUAUAAGCACAGACAAUAAAAACCUGCUACUGAUGUUGGAAGUUAAAUGGUUGUAAUCAAAAUGUUGUAAUAGCCAGCAACAUGAAAUGUGAGAGUUUAGUGUUUUUACGUAUCACAUGAAUUGUAAGCAGAAAGUAAACAGUGUUAGUGCAAAGUUUUCUUUCUAACAUAGCCACCUGAAAAAUAUUCACAAGUAUCAUGUACUGAUUUUAUUUCACUACAUAUAUACGUUAACAAAACCUGAGUUACACAUUCUUUUUAGAAAUUUACUACAGGAGAAAAAAAAGUCACAAAUAUUGAAACUGAUACAUUUUAGGGUUUUUUUUUCCUGAAUGAAACAAGUAUUUGAAAAAAACAACAAAGGUAAGCAUAAAUAAUAUAUGAAAUUAAGGCACAGGAUGAUAAUGACUAUGGCUUUAUACAAAAAAAUUCAGAUUUGGUUUCUUCAGCACCUUAGAGAUGGCAGAAGCUUUUACUGUAUUUCUCAUGGGUAAAGGAUUGAAAUUAUCAAAAUGUAUUUAAUGUCUGUCUGUAGCAUUUUGUACAUACGUUUGCUUUUUUUUUUGUACAGAGCCAUUUUGUUGUUGAUUAAAAAAAGUUAUUUGAUCUUUGCCCUUUCACAUACAGAAUAUUUCAAUGCAUUUUUCUUUAUUUGCCCCACUUACCAUAAGAACACCUGGAUAGUGCAAUUCUGUAAAAUAGCAUUUUAUGCAGAAUUUUAUUAAUUAAAAUAUGGUUUAGCAGCCAAAUCUAAAUGUACAUAUGUCUUUAUUACUCAGAAAUGUCAUUAAGACAAAGGUAAAGAAACAUCUUUGUGCAGCAUACCUUUAUUAUUGCAGAUUUCAUGGCAAAAGCUUUAUAUUUCAAAGGCUUUCAAUUUUAAAUUAGAUCUGCAUGCAGCUUUGCUGUGAGAUUAAGACCUAUCUCUGAUGCCAUUUAUGACUGAAGACUUAAAUAUCUGUUGCCUGUGAUAUUUAAAAAGUACUGUUUCUACUCUGUAUCUGAUUUUAAAAAAAAAUAUAUACAAGUUUUUCAUA